UCCGCGGAUGGGCGGCGCACUGGCAGGGUGUUUUCCAGAUUUAAAAGCACCGGAGCCGGCCCCUCUGACAAACCGUGCUGCGUCAUCGACCUGGGGACACUCUAGAAAAGCUUCAGUAGGCUGAGGAGAGCCAAACCCAUCUCACCCACGCUCCCCUUCGCAGCACUACCUGCGCCGUAUCCAGACCCACAAACACACCACUUCUCCGCGCGCAGUCAGUCCUGACUAGUUCACUCGCUUUUCUGCGAGUUAUGCUUCCACUGAGUGCUGCAUGAAGUGAUACAGCUUUCAGUACUACCAUCGUCGCUUCUUACAGUCGUAGAGAAAGUUGCGCAUCGCUUGUUGAAUGCAGGAUACCUUCUGCCUCAAUUCCAAGUUGAGCUUUGGAGCAACAGCCGGCAAGGAGCGGAGACUCCCGUGUGUCAGCUCUCUCAGCGCCGAGAUGAAGUCUGCAGAAGAAGAUGCAUACAGCUACACCCCAAACGUCAGCUUGUCCCUGCCACUUGGUAUGGGAAACCCCUGUCUUGCCACCCAGUACCACACCUUACAGUCCAGCCCAGUCAUCUCAGUUUCAUCCUGCCACCAGACUGGCUACAGCCUCCAAAAUGAAAACCAUGCAGCAUCGGGCUAUUACCUCCCUCAUGGCCUGAGACCUAAUGGGGCCCCAGCCCUGGAAAGCCCUCGCAUAGAGAUCACAGCCUACAGCCAAUACCCGGAGGAUGAGGUAGAAGAAAGCAGCAGUGAGGACCACAUCAUCAAACGAGGCGUUAACUCCAUCGUGACACUAACGCUGCCUAAUGCUGACGGCUACCGUGAUCCCAGCUGCCUCAGCCCCGCCAGUAGCAUCUCCUCACGUAGCUGUAACUCAGAGGCAUCCUCUUACGAGUCCGGCUUCUACAACUAUGACAACUCCCCACAGAACUCUCCCUGGCAGUCUCCUUGUGUUUCUCCCAAAGGCUCAUCCUCGCUCCUCUCCUGCCAUCACGCCAGUGGCCCAGUAGCUUCCCCUCACCACUCGCCCUCCACUUCCCCUCAGAUAGGAGCAGUGGCUGAAGAAGGAUGGCCAGCACAACCUCGUGGCUCCAGGCCGAACUCCCCGUCCUGCAGUGGAGGUAACAGCAGCAACAGCGGCGGCAUGGGAAAGAGAAAGUACAGCUUCAACGGCACCCCGUAUCGACAGACGUCCUGCUCACCUAACCAGUCGCCUACCCCAUCCCCACAUGGAUCCCCAAGAGUCAGCGUCACGGAUGAGAGCUGGCUCGCCAACACCAACCAGUACACCAACUCUGCCAUUGUGGCCGCCAUCAAUGCUCUCACCACAGAUGGAGUGGUUGACAUGGGAGAAGGAAUCCCGAUUAAGACUCGGAAGACCAUGUUGGAUCACUCUCCGUCCAUGAGCCUGAAGGUGGAGCCUGGUGGUGAUGUAAUGGGUCCUGAUGGAGAGCUCUGCCAUGAGGACUAUCCCUCCCGCAUGGCCCUGAAGAAAGAGAACUACUGUGGAGGGUUUCUGGAUGUGCCACAGCACCCAUACUCCUGGACCAAACCCAAGCCAUACCUCAGCCCCUCUCUGCCAGCUCUGGACUGGCAGCUUCCGUCCUGCUCCGGUCCCUACAACCUGCAGAUCGAGGUGCAGCCGAAGUCCCAUCACAGGGCCCACUAUGAGACCGAAGGCAGCCGAGGGGCGGUGAAGGCGCUGUCUGGAGGCCACCCUGUAGUGCAGCUUUAUGGCUACAUGGAAAGCGAGCCGCUCACCCUGCAGCUGUUCAUUGGGACCGCAGACGACCGCCUCCUGCGACCACAUGCCUUCUACCAGGUCCAUCGCAUCACCGGCAAAACCGUCUCCACCGCCAGCCAUGAAGUCAUGCAAUCCAACACCAAAGUUCUGGAGAUCCCUCUGCUGCCUGAAAACAACAUGAGAGCCAUAAUUGAUUGCGCUGGGAUCCUGAAGCUGCGCAAUUCAGACAUCGAGCUCCGUAAAGGGGAGACCGACAUUGGACGUAAAAACACCCGUGUGCGGUUGGUGUUUCGGGUCCACAUCAACCAGCCCAAUGGCAGAACUGUGUCUCUACAGGUGGCUUCCAACCCCAUUGAAUGCUCCCAGCGUUCAGCUCAGGAGCUUCCCUUGGUGGAGAAGCAGAGUGUGGAGAGCUCCCCCGCAACAGGAGGCAAAAUGAUGCUCCUCAGUGGCCUAAACUUCCUCCCUGACUCUAAGGUGGUGUUUGUGGAGAAAGCCCAGGAUGGGCAUCACCUGUGGGAGACAGAAGCCAAAGUUGACAAAGACUCCGUCAAAUCGAGCACUAUCGUUGUGGAGAUCCCACCAUACAGGAAUCAGAGAAUAUCUAGCCCAGUGCACGUUAACUUCUACGUCUGCAACGGCAAGAGGAAGAGGAGCCAAUACCAGCGCUUCACCUACCUGCCUCCUAAUGUGCCGUUAAUAAAGACAGAACCCAGUGAUGAAUAUGAUUCCCUGGGCUCCACAAGACUGCCAAUGCAUUCAAAGCCCUAUUACAGCCAGCCCAGGCUCACUCCCAUCAUGCCUGUUGCUGAUCCGGAUGCCUGCUUGGUUGGUGGCUAUCCCUGCCCGCCUCGUCAUGCUGCCAUGCCAUCAUCUCCCAGCUCCAGCCCAACUCUGCAUGACUUGUCCCCCGUGGCAUACACCAAGUGCCUCCCCAACAGCCCGACCCAAGCGGCACCACCAGGCUCUGUGGUAACCCCAAUCCAAGAGACCCCUGGCUGUCCAAACCUCGGCCACUCAGCAUCACCAGACCACAGCACUUCUCUUGGUAUGCUCCAUUCCCAGGGCAGCCCCAAUCAUCUCAACAGUCCAGGGCCACAUGGUUACCAUCCAAUCUAUGCCAACAGCAGUCCCUCAUCAUCCCCCGUAUCCCACCCAUCCACCCCUGGAGCGACAGCUGAGAGCCCCUUCGCUCAGACCUACAGUCCCAGUCAAGCCCAGGCAGCUGCCAGCUCGCCCAGCCUGUUACCGGAGGAUGCCAGCCCCCCUUCCAUGGCCAUCACCGUCAAACAGGAGCCCCAGGAACUGGACCAGAUGUACCUAGAUGAUGUUAACGAGAUCAUCAGGAAUGACCUCUCCAGCAUUUCCGUGCACACACACGCAUAGAUGUGGAGCAGCACACACUCAGACGGCAGCCACAUCAACAAAAAAGAGGACAACAAAACAGAGAUCCAGAUGAUGAAGAAGAAAAAGUUGACCAGGAUCUCUGAUGAGACCAUCAGAUCCUCAAAGACUGGCUGCAGAAUCACACGGACAAUCACUGGCAAGCUCUGUUUGAAUAAACACAUGAAUGUUAUACUUAAAGGGAAGUGAUAUCAGGGGCAAAGUAUACAACAGCACUUGCCUUAAGUCACAGCAGAUGUUCUUUAGUGGACCAAACAGCUCAAUGAGACUGAAUUCUUCCUAUUGUAGUCAAACGACAAUCUUCACUUUGGGUAUAUGUUAAUGCAUGGACAAGCUAGCAGGGCAGUAAAUGUCAAGUUUCAUCACUUUGGUUCAUUCGUUUGUGCAGUCAGUCCGCAACAAUCGGUGCCUUACGUCAGUGACAAAGACGGCAAACAACAGCAGCAGUCGCACAAAUGCAAAAGGUUCACUGUAACCCCAAAGUGGAAGUUUUUCUAUCAGCGUUUUGUAUCAUUUCGAUGAUUUGUUUACAGGGAAACAGGAUUAAAGGCUGGAAAUAUGUAGGGAUUUUGUGAAUAGAUUAGAAUUGUAUUUUUUCUUGCUCCUUGGUUAUAAUCUCAUCGUUCAUUUAUACUGAAUGUUAUUGUAUGAUAUUCUUUUGUAUAAACAUGUAUUUGGAAAUGUAUGCCUUAUGCUUAUAUCAUGCUGUUUGCUAUUAAGCUUUAUGUUGUUUUAAAUUGUCUUCCCCUGAUAUGAUUUGUACCAUUUUAAUUACUCUUUAUUAUGCUUUUCACCUUAGUGCCUAUUUUUUAUCACCCUGCCCUUGUCUUCCACCUGAAUCAUGGCAUAAAGAUGCAAAGACAAUCAGAGAAAUAGAAGAACAUAUCCUAUAAAGACGUCCAGGUUUGGGGGCUUAAAAGGCAGGUAUGAAAGUUUUCUUCCUUCAGCUAUAUAAUAGUUAAACAAUGGUAUCCGUACCUGCUGAAUAUAAAUGAGAAUACUCAUGGAGAAGAUGCAUCCUCUUGUUAUUUCUUGCACUCCAGGUCUGCAUGUAAAUAGGCACAGGGAUAACGUAAGGCUUGUCUUACUCAUCAUGUGGGUGAAUCUGCUGAGGACUUGGCAGGACUGUUACUUACUGCUGGCAAUAAUUGAUCUGAGUUAACCAAAGGAUUUUAUCUUUGGUGAAAUUAUUGUCCAAGUUUCCUUUUCCUGUCAAAGACUUGAGUGUAGAGCGGCUUAAAAGAAACAUAAUGCACUUUACAGAGCAGCUUCUCUUGCCUCCAAACCAAAUAUUGUAGACUGAUUUUCACUGUCAAGUCAUAAACUCACCUUCGUCCCUUCCUCUCUCUCACGGCAGCAGCAGUCUUUUCCAUGUUAUCGGUCUUUUGGAGCAUGCACAUCGUAACAAUGUUUGGGAUAAUUUAGCUGACAGUAGCUCUCAGUAUAGCUUCCUAUUUCUUUUCCAGACCAAUAGUAUAAUAGCAUGACUAAACUCUAUGGAUAAAGUUUCUAUUUUGUGCCUUACUCUUUCUUGGCCACAAAAUCAUCGCAACUCUAAGAUGCUUUUCUGUGUAGGCACAAGGUGAAACAUAUUUCUCUUUAAUAUGAAAUAUUUAUGAAAAAUGAAAUGUGUUUUAAGUGCAUUUAAUGUGUUCUCAACAAUGAAUAAAUAAAUGGCA